ACAUGAUGUCCAUGAACAGCAAACAGCACCAUUUCGCCAUGCAUCCCAGCUUACCUGAGCACAAGUACACAGCUCUGCACUCGAGCUCGGAGGCGAUCAGGAGAGCCUGCCUGCAGACUCCACAGCUACAAAGCAACAUCUUCGCCAGUCUGGAUGAGACGCUCCUGGCCCGCGCCGAAGCUCUGGCGGCCGUGGACAUCGCGGUGUCCCAGGGUAAGAGUCACCCGUACAAGCCCGACGCCACGUACCACACGAUGAACACCGUGCCAUGCUCGUCUGGCUCCACCGUGCCACUCGCCCACCACCACCACCACCAUCACCACCACCACCACCAGAACCUGGAGCCGCCCGACCUCAUGGAGCACAUCAGCUCGCCGUCGCUCGCGCUGAUGCCCAGCGCGCACGAGGGGGCCGGCGGAGGCGGCGGCGGCG